AUGGCAGCAUUGGAGAGAAAUCCGGCAUCACGGUUCAACAAAGAGUGGGACGGCAAAACGGUAACUGAUGGCACGAUGCACAAAUAUAAGAACACGAACAUGAUAGAGCAACGGCUGGCCCAAAACAACGACAGAAGAGAAAACCUCCACCAAGCGCUGCGUCUAUUGUGUUUCUCUGUUCCAGGGGCAGCUUGGUUUGUGCUGCCAGAGUAA